CCGGCGCCGGAAGUAGCUGUCGGUGCCCGGGGCAGGUGCGGCGGCGCAGGUGAAACCGCCCGGGGCGCAAGGCGACCCCCCAGGGGGCGUGGCUGGGCCCUGAGCGCGCGGUGCAGCAGAAAUGGAAGAGCCCGGGAGGUCGGUGCGGAUCCUAGUGACAGGGGGCUCUGGGCUGGUUGGCAGAGCCAUCCAGAAGGUGGUGGCAGAUGGGGCAGGCCUGCCCGGAGAGGACUGGGUGUUUGUCUCCUCCAAGGAUGCCGAUCUUACGGACGCAGCGCAGACGCGGGCCCUGUUUGAGAAGGUUCGGCCCACACAUGUCAUCCAUCUCGCAGCAAUGGUGGGGGGACUGUUCCGGAACAUCAAGUACAAUUUGGACUUCUGGAGGAAAAAUGUGCACAUCAAUGACAACGUCCUGCACGCAGCCUUCGAGGUGGGUGCCCGCAAAGUGGUCUCCUGCCUGUCCACCUGCAUCUUUCCUGACAAGACCACCUACCCUAUUGAUGAGACCAUGAUCCACAAUGGCCCCCCCCACAGCAGCAAUUUUGGCUACUCCUACGCCAAGAGGAUGAUCGACGUGCAGAACAGGGCCUACUUCCAGCAGUAUGGCCGAACCUUCACCGCAGUCAUCCCCACCAAUGUCUUCGGGCCCCAUGACAACUUCAACAUCGAGGACGGCCACGUUCUGCCCGGCCUCAUCCACAAGGUGCACCUGGCCAAGAGCAGUGGCUCCGCGCUGACGGUGUGGGGCACGGGGAAGCCGAGGAGGCAGUUCAUCUACUCUCUGUUGGCGAGGAGGAGGAGGUCUCCAUCAAAGAGGCAGCUGAGGCCGUGGCGGAAGCCAUGGACUUCCACGGGGAGGUCAUCUUUGAUACAACCAAGUCGGACGGGCAGUUUAAGAAGACGGCCAGUAACAGCAAGCUGCGGGCCUACCUGCCGGACUUCCAGUUCACGCCCUUCAAGCAGGUCGGGGUCACCCCAUCGCCCUCACCUCCCACCCCUCAGCCGUGAAGGAGACCUGCACUUGGUUCACGGACAACUACGAGCAAGCCCGGAAGUGACACAGUGGGCGGAGCAGCACCGGCUCCUCCCUAGGCCCAGUGGUGACCACCCUCGGCCCCUGCCAGGAGCCGAGGGUCUGCCCAGCAACCGGAGCCCACCUUCCACUUCUGAUGGCCGGCUCUUGGCAGCUGUCUAGUGGGACCACCCAUUCAUGUCUAUCCUCAGGGAAACCAGGGCCUGGUCAGUGCGUGGUACCUCACUCUUUCACGCUGGUCCCUGCAUAUCUGGUCUGUCUACAUGUGGCAUUGCUGUCCCAUUGCCUGUGAGCAAUAAAGUACAUUUUCGGUUUUCA